AUGUCCUUCCCCAAACGUAGCACUGGCCAUAUUGGCGGGUAUAAUAAUAAUAGACCCCGCCACUCGCAACAUCAUGAAGACGCUCAGUUGAGCCAGAGAAUGUCCUACAUGGAGCGGCUCCUGGCGCACUACACCGGCAAGAGCACCCUUGACGCCGAGACUCUAAAGACCUUGGCCGAGUCCGUGGAGAAGAUGAAGUCGCCUGCUGGACGACCGCGCACCGGCCCGGAGGGCGCGGUGACCGGGGCCGGCGCUGGUGCUGGUGCUGGCGGUGGAGCGGAUGUCACCAUGGAGCCGGACGUCGGCGCCGAGGCAGAGGUGCAAUCGCAGAGCUCCGACUCUUUCAAGGUUGACGAGAUAACGGUUCAGCCUCUGGAGAACAACAUCACACAUUACUCCGGCGAGUUCUCACACUGGAACUUCUCCAUGCGGAUAAAGCAAUGGAUCGAACAGUGUGUAAACGACGCCCCGGAUGGUCCAAAGACACAGUUCAAAGAAUACUACCGCCCAGAAGAACUCCAGUCCCCCUCCAACACAGUAGCCUCCCUCUCCUCCCUCCCGCCCCGCUACGUCGCAGACUUCCUCGUCCAGGCCUUCUUCAACCAUGCCGAGACGAGCUACUUUUACGUCGAGCGUCACUGGCUCAUGGACAGGCUCGACCUCGUCUACGAGAACUCGGCCUCCCUGACGCGCCGCGACGUCGGCACCGUCUGCAUGAUCCUCAUCAUCUUCGCCAUCGGUACGCAGUACGCCUACCUCGACUCCCGGAACGAGAGGGGCGGCCCACCCAGCGCCGCCGCCGACUCGAGCCCCUUUUCGGAGGACACCAUCGGCAUAAUGUUCUAUCAGCAGGCGUGCCGGCUGGUCCCCGACGUGAUUACCAUAUCAUCGCUGGAGAGCGUUCAGGCGUGUUUGCUCAUCGGCCUCUAUACGUUACCACUCGACGCCUCGGGGCUGUCGUACGUUUACUUGAACCUGGCGGUCAAGCUCGCGAUCCAGAAUGGUAUGCACCGGAAGCAUCCCGGGGCCGCCAUCGACCCUGUCAUUCGUGAAACGAGGAACCGUGUCUGGUGGACGGCCUACACAACGGAAAAGCGAAUCGGCAUAUUCCACGGCCGGCCAGUAUCCAUCGCAGCAAGCGACGUCGACGCCGAACUCCCAGUCGAUAGACUAGAAAUCUGGCCCGGUUCAGCACCGCCAAAUACGGCACACAUGCUAGCAACCCUCCAGCUCAACAACGCCCUCAGCAGAAUAGCUCACCAAAUAUCCCUCUUCAAAACUUUUGAAAAGAACGAAAUCCCAGAAGGCAUGGCCAAGCUCGUCGAGAUGAAGGCCCAACUCCACAACUGGUGGAACAGCCUCCCAGAACCAACCUUUAUCAAGGACCCGACCACCGGCCCCGCCGUCUUCCGCCCGACAAUGCACCUGAGGCUAGAAUACUGCCUCGUCCGCAUGUUCGCCGGCCGCCCCUUCAUCUUCCCCCGCGAAUCGGCCCACCGCGGCAGCACAGCAAGCUCCUCCGGAUCCCCCGCGGACUCCGUCGCCGUCACCGUAGUCGCAGGCGGCGGCGGUCCCUCCUCCGGUGGUGCCGGUGCCGGCCGCGCCACGACAAGCAGCUCAACCAGCAAGACAACACACCCGCGCGCCGUCCUCGUAGCAGACUGCGUCGACGCCGCCCUCCUCGUCGUAGAGACCUGCCGCCUCCUCCGCAACACAGUCGGCCUCGCCCGCGCCUCGUACACGGAAUUCUCCUCGUGCCGCGCCGCCCUGCUCGUCAUCAUCACGCAGUGCCUCCAGAAGAAGACGGACCGCCUCCGCGACGCUCUCAGAGAAGGCAUGGCGAUGCUGAGGGAGAUGUCGGCGGGUGGGGAGUCGGCGAAAUCGGAAAUGUCUCUCAUCGAGGCUUUUGAGCGCGCGAUUUCGAGGCUGGAUAUGGCGGACGAGAGUAACGGUGGCGGGGCUGGGGCUAACGGCGGCGCGUCCGGAGUCAAGGAGUCUGAUUACGCGAGGUUUAAAAAGUGGGAGAUGUUGUGGAAGACGGAUACGCCUGCCCAGGGCCAUGGCCAGGGUGGUGAUGCGAGAAGCGAGAGGGACGGGCUUGAUGGUGCGGGAUUGCCGAUUCCGCCGCAUCCUGCUGGCAUAUGGCGGGGUGGAGGACACGGGCACUCUGGGGGCGGAGGAGGACAUGUUCCUCCCGGCGCGGGAAGGCAGGGUACGGCGUCGUUGCCGCCGGCGAUGCCGUUUUUCGGGCUCGAUGGGAGUCUAUCGCCUAUGCCGCCUGCGCUCGACGAGUUCUCGGCCAUGUUCGGGAACGGAUACGUGCCGGGCUUCGAAGGUAUGGGCGGAAGUGUAAACGGGAAUUGGAUGGGUCUUUGA